GAAUGGAGGAAGAUGAUGAUUGUCGACAAAUUGAAGAAGAAAUAGAACUUGAAUUAAGCAAAAUCAGUUUUUCAUCCUUUGAAGUAGAUGAUCUUGAUUUUGAUCCUGAUUUAUCAGCAGAAGCUUCAAGUGACAGCGAACCAAUUUCAGAUGAGCUACCAGAAUCAGUUAUCCAUUAUUUGAAUUUUGUGAAGAGCAGCAGCCACAAUGCAGAAAAGCUCAUUUUGCAAGAUUUGGAAAACUAUGAAAUAUCAAGUAAUAUAUACAAGGUAGUUCCUAAUAAUGCUUCAGAAUGCUUGGCAGAGUUAGCUUCUGAAUAUAAUGAAGAUCCAGAAGAAUUAAAGAAAAGGGUAUUGUCUGAAAUAGAAGAUGAAGAACAACAGAUCAGUGUGACUUCUGAUAAUACAAUAGAGGCCAAUGAUAAUGGAGACAUUGCUUCCAGAGAAAUUGCUGAUAGAUGUUCUUUGACAGAUGAUGGUGACACAGACUUUAGCUUUACUUUCCGAGAAGUUGAAGAAAGAUGCAAGCGAGAAUAUGAGCUCUGGGAAGAAAAGCAAAAUGAACUUGAAAAUGAAAGAAUAAAACAGUUGAAAAUUAAGCAGUACAUGGAAGAAACACAAAAUGAGGAGGAGGAGAAAAGGAGGCAACUACGGCAGGAGGAACUGGAGGCUGAAAGAAUGAAGUUAGAAAUGUUCCAUGCGCAACAACAGGCAGUGAUGGAAAAGGAGCUGAUGAAAGAGGAGAAGUCGUGGAAAGAACAAAUGAGACAGCAUGAGGAAUUGAUGAAUAACUUACAGAUACAAAUAGAAGAAGAAAAAAAGGCAUUUGAAGAACAACAAGCUUUGGAAAGACAACACUUGGCAGAACUGCAGAAUAUGGCCGCUGUAAAAAUCCAAGCUACCUUUAGAGCCUUCUUGGUGUACAAAAAAUAUUCCCCUGUCUUGAAAGAAAGGAAAAAAGAACUAGAAAAGCAAAGAGAAUUGCAAGAAGCGAUGCAAAGGGAAAGGAAAGAAAAGCAGGAAAGAUUGAUGAAGAGGGCCCUAGAGAAGAAGGAACAAGAGAUGAAAGAAAGAAAGAGAUGGGAAGAAAAAGAGAGGCAAGAACUUGAGGAAAAGAUGAAGAGGCAUGAAGAAUAUGAAAAGAAGAAAGAAAUUUUGAGAUUUCAGCGAGAACAACAAAUAUUGGAAGAACUGAAAAGGGCAGAAAAAGGCCAGCUAGAAUUUGUGAUAGAAAAGAAAAUGGAGUCUGAAAAUGUGGAUAAAGAAAAACUGCUGGCUAAAAACAGAAAAAGAAUUAAGAAGUCAAAGGAGGAUGAAACUGAAAAAUCAGAAAGGCAAAUGAAGCUGGACAAUAUUGAUAAUGUUACAAAAAUAACAAAGAAAUUAAUAGCAAAAGAAGAGGUAGAAGAACGAAAAGAAGAAGAAAAUGCCAAAUUAAAAAGGGGAAUGGGCCCCCCAAAUACAGAGAAGGCUUUAGAAAUAGCAAAUGAGGAAGAAAUCAAAAAGGUAAAAAAACAGGAGGAAGCUAAAUAUGGAAGAAUGAAACUAAUUGAGGAAAAGCAACAAAAAGAUGAAACGCAGGAAAAAUGGUAUGAGAAAGAGAAACAAGAUGAAAUACAUGAAAGACAUGUAGGGAAUGAUGACAGAGACCGUUUUUUGACAACUGUGGAAUUUCAGGAAAAUGGUAACACAAAUGCUCUCAAUAGUGAAACUAUUACAGUAGUUAACCAGGAAAACAGCAGGCGUAGCAGCUGCAUCAGCAUGGAUGUUCAGCCAGACUCUGGAGGCACUGGACAGAUAGAUAGGUCUUAUGCAUGAAAUAUUAAAAAAGAGCUUGCUUUAAAAGAAAUUCAUGAGGAAGUCACUAGUUGUUGGGCCAGACGUGAGAAUUCAGUCAAUUCUUUUGAGCAACUGCUCGUGCUUUCAGAUUCUAUUGAAGAGAAGAGGUUAGCAUGGAUGAAAGGGUGUAAAUCCUGGUCUAGAAUUUAUAGGGAACACCAGGGGAAGAAAAUAGUUGAAAGAAGCAGGCCACGGAAAUGCUCCUCUGGUCUGAUCCCUCCUCUGAGUGCUGCCAUGAUAAUGCAGGCUGGCCCUUGGAAUUCUCUGCAACAGGUGACCACAGUUACCUUUCAAGAUUUGCCGGGCUGCAGCCUCUCCACGUUGUCACAGUGUUCAAAGCUACAAUUGAGUCUCAGACGUUGUGGAUUGCUUUCUUUGGAAGGACUCAGCAACUGCAAAGAUCUAAAAUACAUAGAUGCAGAGGAAAACAAUAUUAAGGGGAUUAAUUGUGAGAAUCUAGAAAGUCUCUGCAUUCUAAUUCUGAACAAAAAUGACAUUUCAUCCCUUCAUGGUUUAUAUGGCUGCAAUAAUCUUUGGAAUCUUGAACUUUCCUACAAUAAAAUCACUCGAAUUGGUGGAUUGGAGUCAUUGAAAAAUCUUCAACGACUUGUUGUUGAUCACAAUCAAUUGAUCAGCACCAAAGGACUAUCUCAUACUCCUACUCUAGUGUAUAUAGAUUGUUCCUUUAAUCAUCUUACUCAAAUUGAUGGCAUUGAAAAUUGUGGCCUUCUUCAAAUUCUGAAGUUACAAGGGAAUAACCUCAAUGAGUUCCCCAGCCUGGAAAAUCAUGUUUUGCUAAGAGAAUUAUACUUGGAAGACAACAGCAUCUCAACAUUGGAAAAGCUUUCUACAUAUUGGCUGCCUUUGCUACAGAUACUUUUUAUCUCACAAAACAGUUUGACUCAACUUGCACCUCUUUUUCCAUUUGUGUCUUUGGAAAAACUAGAUAUCAGUAACAACUGCUUAUUAGAUCUUAAUAGUGUCAUUCAUUGGCUUGGUGGUUGUGAUAGCCUAAGAGAAUUAUCCUUGCAAGGAAAUCCACUUCUUCAAGAAGAGAACUGGAGGUGCUCUUUACUUAAAGUUCUUCCCAGUUUGAAUUUGCUUAAUGUAGAAAACAUAAAGUCUGAUGCAGAAAAUGCAGAUGAAAGAAUGAUUAAAAAAGCACAGCCAGGAAGCGUUGCAGCAUUUUGUCAAACUCAGAUUCAAAAAAUUGAUUUAGUCAGCAAAAAAGCCACAACUAGGUUAAUCUGGAUGAAGCUAAGUAGUGAUCACCGUAGUGCACAUGAAUAUGGAGUUCUAAACGCUACUGAAGGAGAGGAACAGGAAAAACGGACAGAUCCUUUGAACCAAGAAGCCAUUAACAUCACAGAGCAAAAUAACUUCUGUAUAACUGGUGUAAAACAAAUAAGCAGGUCCUCAUUCAUUAUGGCUGAAAGACGGAGUGCUCCUGGCCACACUCAGGCUAUGUCCGUUAACUCUUUCGUGACAGUGUCUGGAAUGGGGAAGAACGAAGAACACAGACAAGAGGACAUUAUUCAAUAUUCCCUUAAUCACAAUGAGGAAGCAAGACUUGGCAGCCACAGUUUAUCCAAUCACACUGGCGAAGCUACUGUGUUCGUAAAAGAUAAAUUUCUAUACAUGCAACAUCUGGCUGCAACUGUGAUCCAGUCUUAUUGGCGAGGCUACUAUACCAGAAAAAAUAUUCUCAGCCAAAAGAAGGAAGAUCAUCAUGAUUCCAUGGUCAAGCAUAAAGCUGCUACUAAGCUUCAGGCACUCUGGAAAGGUUUCCGUCUGCGAAAGAAACUGGCCAGUGCUUUGGCAGCUGUUAAAACUGAUGAAGCUGAUGAUGACUAUAGCGAAAUAGAUGUGGAUGACUUUAUUUUGAUGAAGUAGUGAGCUGUCAUAGAGAAAGAAUGGCCAGCUUUGGAUUCCACCCGCUUCCUUUCACAAACACUGCUAUUCUCAGACCAAUUGCCCUCGCCAAAGUAUAAUGAACCUACAGGAUGUGGAGACAAUUCAUAUCAUUUAAAGUGGCUUCCACAUAAAACUCGGCAGCUUAAGGAAAGACCCACAUCUUUCUUGUCAGAAAGCAGUCAGAUUAGUAACAGGUCAGAGAAGAGCACUCUCUCACAGCUCUCUGACCUGAAACUCCCCCAAAGGUCACCACAAAGAUCAGAAAAAGAAGAAAAAAUUUCAGAAGAAUGGGGUUUUAAAGACAUUUCUACUGCACAGUUGAUGCUAAAGAGAGCACAUAAAAUGAAAGCAAAGAAAUCUAAUAAGCUUGACCCAGCUGUGCGCCUGGCGUUGUUCAAAAACAAUGAAAAUAAACAUCCCCCUGUGAAACCACCAAAGAAGGCACAGGCUGCAAAAACUGGUUACUUUGAAGGUAAGGAAGAAGCAUUUCCUUAUGGUUCCGCAGAGAAGAUGGAAAGGAACAAAGAACGUACAUACCAAUGGCUUCAUACACAGGUUUGGGAUUUUGAAGCAACUAGCCCCAGAAAUGAAAAAUGCAAACAUUUCUUACCUGAGAUAGAUCCAGAAGUUAUCAAGGGAGGAAGAGUUCAACAUGUGACAAGCCCUGUAAGGAGAGAAGACACGGAUUUAGAGCUUGUUUCCAUGACCAGUGGAAGUACUUUGACUCAGAACAAAGAAAAAAAUAAUCAGCCACACAGACACUCUGCAGGACCUUCAAAAAAGGAUGCACCUGUGCCUGAAAGAUCAGCUUUGGGGCCCUCACAUAAAGAGCGGAUAUCAUUUCGAGACCAUCCAGUUCAGCUCAGCGGUGGAUGGGGAAGUGGCAAAAAGAAGACAAAAGCUUUGAAAUAGUCAUUGGACCUUCAGCAUUUAAAACAUAUGGUGAGCCUGUGCAUUGCCAUUCUUUUUGGAUUCUGCAGAUGGAAAGUUCCUCAGCUCCAUGUAUGCUGUAUUUUAUUUUACGCUGCAUGAUUUCCCACCUUUUCUUCUUCUUUUUCUUCUUUGGCUAAGUUCUUUUAUAAAUGUCAGAGAAAUUACAAUAUUUGUAUCUGAAAUUUAUUUUUGCAGUAUGGUUUAAAAGCAUGUAUGGAAUUAUUAUAAAGCAGCUGGUAUGAUCCGGUGAACAAAUGGAUGUAUACGUACAAUAAUGGUUUGAUUGCGCAGUGGUAUGUGACUGAGAUAGCCUGAUCCACAGUUGGACUUAUGUACAUGUGUUUAAACUCGUUUACUGCACAUCUCAAUCAAGCAAAACAAAUCAAAAUCAAAUUGGCCCAAAUCUAGG